CAGAUGGCGCUGGUGUCAAAGAUCUGCGGAAGGAAAACAAAAAUGGCGACACUGAGUUCGCUACAAGAUAGGCUCCAGGGACUAGGGACUAGGUUGCAGGCCGAGAAUGAGUCCAAGUCGAGAGAAAGGAUGAACACGAACCUGAGUUUGGAUUUCUCGAGGGAGAGAGCCGGCUCGGAGAGGAGACCGAAACCACUGCCAAUUGGAGAUGGGAGGCUUCAGGGUAGACCGAACACAAUAUCAGGACGACAAAGAGAACGACCUAAAAUAGAACCUUUCUUUUUCGAACAAAAACAACAGUCGGAACUUCCAGAUUUAGAUGCACAUGUUAAAGAAAUAUCUAGGAAAAAUGGUACCCUUUUUAUUGAGAAUAAGAGAUACAAAAGUUCUAAAGAAGAUAUGGAGUACAUAUCAGAGUUAGGGAAUGGUACGUCGGGUAAUGUCGUUAAAAUGCUUCACAAAUUGUCUAAGAAAGAAAUAGCAGUAAAACAAAUGAGAAGAUCGGGUAACAUGGAAGAAACCAAAAGAGUGUUUUUUGACCUGGAGGUGGUCCUUAAGAGUCAUGAUUGUCCGUACAUCGUGCAGUGCCUAGGUUGCUUCAUCACAGAUUCUGAUGUAUGGAUAUGCAUGGAACUCAUGGCCACGUGUUUAGAUAAGCUCACAAAACGAUACAAACAGCCCAUUCCUGAAAGAAUUCUCGGAAAGAUUUCAGUAGCGACUUUAAAAGCACUACAUUACCUCAAAGAGAAUCAUGGUGUCAUACAUCGUGACGUCAAGCCUUCCAACAUCCUCUUAGAUAAGCAUGGUAAUAUUAAACUGUGUGACUUUGGGAUCUCAGGGAGACUAGUCGAUUCUAAGGCUAAGACAAGAAGCGCUGGCUGUGCGGCGUAUAUGGCGCCCGAGCGGAUUGAUCCGCCCGACCCCACAAAGCCAGACUAUGAUAUACGUGCUGAUGUUUGGAGUCUAGGUAUUACGUUAGUAGAACUAGCAACCGGCCAGUUUCCUUACAAAGACUGUCGUAACGACUUCGAGGUGCUGACCAAGGUUCUACAAGAUGAUCCCCCGUCACUUCCAGAGACUGGGAACUUUAGUCGUGAAUUCUGUGAAUUUGUAAAAGAUUGCCUUAUUAAGGAAUACCGGAAUCGCCCAAAGUACAAGAAACUUCUAGAUUAUCCCUUUAUUAAGAAGUAUGAAAAGGAGAAAGUAGAUGUGUCAGCAUGGUUCGCAGAAGUCUGUCAAGUUAUAGAGUCCAAAGUUCGGAACUCGCCACAGAGAGUAAGUAUAUUUUCGUCUCCUUUGCUCCCCCGAGCUUCUCGCUCAAACAGUAAGCCUCCAAGUGCCCCCAAUAAUAGCGGAGGUGGUGGUGGGGGGAGUGAAUGUAUACCACCACCUCCCCCUGUGGCACCAAGGAGGAGGAGUCGCACUCCCGAGGCCCACAGCCAUGAUCGUGUCAACAGCCAACCCUCACAACAGCAACAGCAACCACCACAGAUACAUCAAGAACAGCAACAAGGAAAAAGUACUGAAGAUUCCAAUCAGCCAGAGCAGCAACCAAAAAAGAAGCUACAGCAACAGCAUACAAAUGGCAAUGGGUCUUCACCUAUAAGAAGUUGUAGUGGCAGCAACAGCAGCACUACCAGUAGCGCCUGCAGCAGCAGCAGCAGCAGCAAUGGUGAAAGUGGCGUGGUUAGUCAGCCUCAGCUUCCAGCCUCUCCCAGUCUGACUCGUGCCGUAUCUGCUUCGCCGUCUCGAUCGGGGCCUCCCCUUUCUCCUGCCCCAUCUAGAGCAUACUCUGCCUCCCCCCUCCAGAGAUCAAUGCCCCCUUCAUCUGUGCCCCCUCUAUCAUAUCCUGGUGUUAGUCAUGUGGUCCCCUUACCUUUCCCACCUACUUCGAUGCCACAUCAUCAAUACGCUGUUCCAUUUUCGUCGCAACAGACAUUUUCCCCUUUCAAUUACUCCCCUAAGCCUUACUCACAGGCCUAUAGCCAGUAUUCUAAUCCAUACACCCAGGUUUUACCUCCACGCUCCAGUCAUAGUAAUUUUUAUAAUAACGUGUCGAGUAGUCGGGAUUCUCAGAGUCGGGAUGUUCAUAGUAGUAGUAGCAGUAGUCAUCAUUCAUCAUCCAGCUCAGGAAACAGCAGUACAACACUCAUGUCUGGGGACGUGACGGGGACGGGCGGGUCCGUGCGGGAGAUGGCCAGCAGUUGGCCCACGCCCGGGCACCUGCCUAACCUAAGUACAGGUCAGCGAGAGGCCUGGGGAGGGGUUGGCAGUAGCCAAGGGGCCCCCCCUGCUGCCACUACCUCACUCACUCACACUUCCCCAAUGCACAGGAAAACACCAGAGCCUGUAAGGUUCAACCCCGAGCCGUGGGCCCCUCGUGGCCGCUUUGCUCAGCCUGCCCAUUCACACCACUCCCGAUCACACUCCACUGACCUCUCAUCCCGCGGCUUACCCAGGGAGUGUGUGUUGAUGUUUUGCUGUCUCCACCCCUGGACAACAUUCACUUAUGCAUACUCACCUUCCAACCUAAUGCAGUCGCUUCCCUCCCACCUACCUGCCCCCCCAUGUGUCCCCCCUCGUCUCUCGAAGGAUCGUGGAGAGCAGAGCAGCAGCAGCAGCAGCAGCUUCAUCAUCAGUGACAAACAACAGUCAUCUGGGGGCACCUCCAGGAGCAUUACCCACCUCUAGUAGCAGUUUACCCCAUCCUCCUGUCAGUCUUACUACCCCACACUACAGGUACUCUCAGGAAGCCUAUUACAACAGCCGACCCUACUAUACCCCAGAACCACAGCGUCGAAUACUCCCCCGACUGGGAAAUCCCUGACCCCUGCGAAUACACCCUAUAGAGGCCCUCAAGGCCUGUGAGCCUCAAACGUUCAACAGCCACAAAAGCUCAGGAUGAGAAAGAGCCUCUGGACAAGGCUCUUGAAGCUUGGUGUAGCCGUGGCAAGAAACAGCUAGUCAUAUAAACAUAGUGUAGAUGGAACACUUCUUUCAUUUUCAUCUCAUGGAUUUCUGAGAGUAUCUCGUUGCCUGCCCACAGUACCUAGGUAGGUGAGCCAAUUGAAAAGCUGAAGUGAUUUCUUACAUCUGCAGCUCUCAGUUUAUGCUAUACACUUAUAUUUUUUUGUACCCCUUUUGUCAAGUACGUACCAUACAUAUGUUCAUGAGAUGCCAACAAGCAUUUUUUUUUUUUUUUCUGGUUGCACACAAAAUGCGAGUUCCAUUUCUGUCUCAUUAUCUAUACUGUGAUACAGCCUUCAUUCAUUUAGCAUGAACCUUGGGGUAUGAUUAAGAAAUCAAAUAUCAAAGGGGGGAAGCUGUUGACAGAGUCUUAGAAGUUUAAAUGGAUGACGAGUGCACAGAAAUUUAUAUAAUUUUUUAGUCAGCCAUGUAUAUUCAUUGUGUCUUUUAUCUUAUGGAAUCUAUCCAGUGGGAGUAUGAUCAGUGGUAUUAUUAAUUUUGUUACCUUUCUUUUGAUCGUAAGAAAAUUUGUAUUUUUUUUAAUGUGUAUAUAAGAUUUUUGCAUAUCUUACAAUUAUACAAAAAAAUAUUUGUCACCAUUUGAAGACUAUUAGAGUUUUAACCUAACCAGUCUGUCCAUGUAACAUUUUAGAAGAUUAAAUGAAGGGAAAAUCACAGAAAAUUUUUCAGAUCAGUAGAAAUACACUAAAAAUUUGGGUAUCAUUAUAAUAGAGGUUUGAGGGGAACAGCUAUAUUGAAGAAUGGUUGCCCUUAAGUCAUUUGGCUCUCCACUUAACCUUGUCCAUUUGGGUUGACAGUAGCUUCAGUGGACUGUCUUGGGGUUGACAGUAACUCUAGUGGACUGUCUUGAUAAGAGUUCCAGAUUUUACUGCUCAUUUAUGCACAAGAAAUUGUAUAUUUCUAUUGUUAAACAUUUAUGUUAAUGUCACUGAUGUUGAAUAGUAACAGGAAUACAUUAUUUAUAUUAAAAGAAUAUAAUAUUUCUUGAAAUUGAGGUGUUUCAAACAGUCUAGAUAUGUGUGAAGGUGUCAGACUCCUUAAUGAAACCUUGUAGUACAUAAGAUUGUAUUGUAUUUUGCAAAACUGUGCGCCAGCUUGAAAGAACGGUAUGGAUUUGAAAUGUGAAUUGUGCAAAAUAUUUUCUCAUGAGAAUGCAUUCUGUUGAUCAAGAAAUAGUAAACUAGGAAUCUGUCUGCACUGUUUUAAUGUGUGGAUUGAGAUUUAUACACACCACCCUCUUGCAAACAUCCUGUAAUAGAUUAUCAAACAUAAAAAUCAAAGACUUCAUGAUGUCAUCUCACAGUUGGGAGUCUAGACUGUUUGAAGAACCUGGUUUUAAACAUUAAUGUAAAAUUGUUGAUCAUCUGUUAUGUUCAUCAAUCCAUUUUUAUCUUGAUUAUUCAUGUAUACCAGAAAUUUUAAAGACAAUUAUUAUUAUCUGAGGAGAUGUCAUCGUUAAUUUUUUUCAGUAUGAAAGCCAAUCUCAGGGGAAACAAAAUAAAAAAAAAAAAAAACACACAAAAAAGAAAUGGAUGCAAGUGCCCUUUGUAGGUGUUCUGUUGAUAUGAAUCUCUGUUUUUGUUGUUUUUGGAGGUCCCAACCAUGUUUUUGACAAGCUCGCAAUCAUCCUCCAAGGCUGGUUUUAGGCUGAAUGCCAUUUUGCACUUUUUCACGCUGCACAGGUUUUAGGACUAUUGUUUAUUCAAAGGUCAGCAAUUCAUGGCUAAACACCAAAGAAGCUAGUGGCCUAAGACAUGUUGAAUAAAACAAUAGACAUUUACUAAACUAACUACUAAUAAAUUAAAAGAUAAACCUACUGUUAGGUCUUUAUAUAUAUAUACAAGGAUGUAAUAAGCAACCCAGCACACAGGACAUCCCAGAAGGAAUCCCACUAAUGAAUUUAAUGCUUAUUCAUUGCCUUGGCCUUGCUGUUAGAUACUAACAGUCAGUGUUGGUGACCAAUAUGAUGGUUUUGUUGCUGCUACACCAGAAAUAUUGAUUUUUGUAGGGUUUGGCAAAGAAAUUUUUGUGGGUCCAGAUUAAUCGAGUAGUAUUAUAGGAGAAUUUCAUUGCAGUUUGUACUUUUCAUUAGCAGUUUUGAAGUAUUUUCAGGAAAAUAGCUGCCAUUUCCAUGAAGAUUUUUCAAGGGAGAUUGUUAAUUGAUCAAAAAUUUGGUUGGGUUUGAUGAAAAAAUUGAUAGCUUUUAGAAUGAAGAUUUUUGUUAACUCAUUUUUGUGCUCAGAGUUGUGUUUAUACUUAUAGUGAAAAUACUUAAAUUCUGUGACCAUGCUGACAGUUUAUUAUUGAGCUGACAAUUUUAUAAAUUGGUGAGGUGCAGUUUAUAUAUAUAUAAAAAAAAACAAUGAUGGGCACAGUGAUUUAGUGGUCUUUUGUUGGUGAUUUGUAUUUUUAGGAUGUUUUUAAAUUGAUGUAUAUUUUUGUAGGUACGGUGAAGCUUAAAUUUUUAUUUUAUGUUCAUACAAUUUCAAUAUCAGAUUCCAGUUUGAGUCUUCGAUGUGGAGAUUCAUGCAUUAGCAGGCAACAAAGAACCCUUAUUUGGUGAAAUUCACACCCCAUUAUUUGCAAAAACUCUGCAUACCUGUUCCUGAACAAAAGAAAGGUUUUUCAAUGUCCAUGAUUUCAUACAAAUUGUUAGCACAUUGAGGACAAGAUUACAUACCACUUACAUUUGAAAUAGAACAUAUUCUAGCUUAAUAUUAGUACAUAUAUACUUAUUACACAUAACUUGAAGAAUUUGGAGUAAAGAAUUAUGAAGGAAUAAAUAAUUUUAUAUGUGAGACUUGUGCAGUUUCAGUGGUUUCUCAGUAGCUUCAAGCUUUUAUUUUAUUUUUGUUUUUCUGCUCUUUUAAGCUUUCACCCAUCUUCAAAUUUUUGGAAAAGAAACCCAGAACACAAAAGUGGCUUGGGUACAUUAGGAAAAGGAAAAAGUGUAAAUUCGUCGUGAAAAAUGUUGGGCAUCGUCACUGGUGGUUGUGAAGGUGGCCACCAUCUACUUUAGUGGGUAGAUAAACCAGGACAAUUAAUGUCGGGUCUGUGGCUUUGCUUGGACUCAUUUGGUAUCCUAUUCAAGCCAUCCGAAUUUAUCCACAACUUCACCAUUUCUGGCAACAGGAAGUUUCUUAGUCUUACUAACUAGUCUUCCACAAAUCAUUGUAGCUACACCCUAGCAACAGAAGCUUCAUGGUGUACACUUUGUCCAAGAAUGGCAUAAAGGUAGCCCACAAUACUAAAUAACCUUAUUCUGUUCUCAACUCGAAGCUCUGCAGGUGGAUACGGUUACAGUUCGUAGCUUUUGGCGUCGGCACCCUGGUUGGAUCAUUCUAGACCACUUGGAAUGGACAUAUGGUAAAUGCAGGCCAUGACAGGAUAUAAUCAGAUUAUAGGAUAGAGUUUUUACUUGGGAAUCUCCAAGGUUGACAUUGCCAACCUUCUUUGUGAGGUGUCCAUGGCAUGCAGGAAACUUUGUAGAGGCAGUCCCCGGUCAUCGGCAAUCCGGUUUUAUGACGCUUGUCUACCGCUAUAACGGGCUGAGUUCCGGUUAUUAGCACCUCACGGCACCAUGAGGUUGUUUAUGGCGUGCCAUAAGGCUGCUCAUGGUUCUGAUAACAGGUUAUUGGCGCCGUAAUUUGCAGAGUUUUGGUUGAUGGCAAUUUUCGCUUAUCGGCACACCCCUGCUGAUAACCGAGGACUGCCUGUGUAUGGUUCAAGGUAGACUGGUUUAGAGAAAAACAGCAGUUUGGAAACUUCGGCACAUUGUAAUGUUAUUGAGUAUAGUGUCAGUCGGUUAAAUUUAGGAUUUUAUGAGUAACCUUAUUUAGGACCUUGUAAAAUGUUUAUUGAAAGUAGUGGACAAGAAAUACAAAACUAUUUAUUAGUGUUUAUGAAUAUUCUAAAGAGGAAAAUGAGAAAGUCCAAGGGAAAGAAGGAUGGGAGCAAGGAAAUAAUACUUAUAGAAUACUUAUAAUAUAGUACACUUCACAUCGCACCAAGCACUAGUUGUAACACAUCAGAAAGAGUAAAGCAGUCAAGGAAAUGUUUUAUGUAUUGAUGUUGUGUGUAUGUUCAAGAUGUAAUUUGGGAUAUUUGUGGUUUUUUUUUUUUUUUUUUUUUUUCCCCUGGUCAGAUUAAGAAUAGGCUAUUUUAUCUUAUGACUGCAUAUACAAUGAAUUUUAUAUUUUUAUACUUGUAGAUUGGAAAUAGCUUUUGCUAGUUAACAGAAAACAAAUGAGCAUAUUUUUAUUAAAAAAAAGUUAAAAGCAUAGUUUUAUGUAAUGGUGUUGUGUUAGCAAAGUACGUAUAUAGCAGUACUGUAAUGUGAAACAGUAAAUCCGUUCAUUAGCUAAAUAGUAAGGGUAGAUAUUAGUUUGCACUGUAUAUAAAGAUUACUUUAUGAAAAUACAGGUAGUGUUCCUAUGUGUGUGCAAGGUAUGGUAUGUUUUCUUCAUUGUAUCUAAUUUUCCCUCCCAAAUUAUCGCACAUCAUGCCCAAACACCAGAAGGCAGACCUCCUCCCGUGUUAACAGUUUUACAUAACUUGCAAGUCUUAUCUCAUGAAGUAAUUACGUAUGGAAUAGUCAAACACACAACAGUCUUGGGUUGUCAAGUGGUGGAUGAAAGCAUUCAUGGAAUUUCUCUGAAAGGUGAUUUAUCUUUAGUGAUCAAAUGCUGUUUUAUGUUGUUGAAGGCUGUUUAAGUGUGUUUGCUGAAGAGUAUGUAAAAUCCACAUGGAAACUGACAAUUUUGUGUGUGUGUGUGUGUUUUUUAUAUAAUAACAAUAAUAAUAAUAAUAGUUUAUGCUCAUGCUCUUGAUGUUUAUGAUGAUUUUUUGGGAUUAGACAAUUCUCUCUUCCUUUACCUGCUCGUACACAAGAAAAAAAUUUUUUAUUUGUGCUAGCAAAUACUAUACAAAAGUGACUUGUUACUGAAGGUAUCCCUCUAUGAGAAUAUGAGGUUCACUGUAGACAAUAAAUGAUUCUUUUUAGCAUCCAUCUUAUGCCCCCUGCCACCCCCUUGUUAUACUUCAACUUCACUUUGCUCAGAUUUUUCAUGUCAUUGAAGGUAGGUCGGCUACCACUCUCCUUACCAAAAGAUCUACCAACGUCUUGGCUAACUCCCAAUGCCACCAAAUCCUGGACUUCAAGAGCCACUAGAGAAUUUUCCCUUAUGUUAAGAGAACAGGUUUGUUAAUUAUGAAAAAUACAAAUUGAUGUAAAGUUUGUCAUUUUGAGGCUGUGUAGAGAUGUGUCUCAUUAAACAACUUUAUAAUCUUUAAGUAGCUUUCAAUCACAGAGCAGCUAAAGUCCAUUAUGGUUUUGGUCUUUCUUUUACUCUGCUCUUAAGAUAUCAGUUUAUUUUAAGUGAACUGAAGGAAGAACUAUUAUUAUUUCUGUUUAUUGGUUAGGUUAUCCAUUUAGUACUUAUUUGAUAAAAUAGAGAGAUCAAUUAACAGAUUCAUGUUUCCUGCGUUGAUUUAUUUUGAGAGUCUCUGAUCUCCAUUUCAUUGUUCACACUUGAAAGAACGUAAAAUUUUUGUAUAAUGCAUCCAAAUUUAUUUAUUGAGGUAGUUUGGACUUUGAUUCCUUGUACAAUCCUGUUUUUCAGCCAGUGAAUUAUAUUGGCUAAUCUUGUCAGUAAAGAAUUUGAUUUUGGUGAUCUGAGAUAACUGGCAUUACACUGUGUUGGUCCCAAUUCAAUUUCCCACUCAAGUCUUGAUAAAUUGUUGCUGACGCACAACUUGAAUGUCAUUGUGAGGUAGGAUGGAGGAUGUUGGGAAAUACAUCUGCCUGCCAAGUCGUCAUUAUCCACUGCUUUGCUCUUCUGUGCUUUAUGUAGGUAGAGAAGGGGCUAUGGUGCUGAUCUUACAUAUGUCUCUUUGGUCCUUACCUCUGCUGCUCAUUAGUGCCAUUUAACCAGUAAGGACAUAUGUAUUUCUGUUUGAUAUAGAUGGAUUUAUCAGUUUUUGUCAGUUAGCCACUUUCUUCUGUCAACAUUUCUUAUGGAGAAACUGAUGUGCAGAGGAGCUGUAUUGUAGUGUGGCUACUCAAGAAACAAGUAAAGUGAAGGUGAUAUAAAUAUCAAUCCAGCUAGAUGUUCAUCAACACAGGAUUCUUAUUUCUAGUUUGAAUAAGCAAUCUCGGUGUAUUUUUAUUCAUCUUGAAAUUUGAAGAGUGAUUUUAAUGCAAUCCCUAUAUCUUGCGAUGAAAAUACUAGCCGAUAAUUUUUCAUGGAAUGUUCCUCACAUUCUGAAAGAUUGUGUAAGAUUUUAAAUUUAUCGGAGUUAAUAUGUAAAAAUCAUAGCACGUGUGCAGUUGAAUUGCUAGUCAUUAUUAUUAAAAAAUUCACACAGGCCAUGUUAAUGUCAUGUGACUUCCUCCCUAUAUUAACAUUAAGGGAAGUGUAGAUACUGAGAAAACAUCCAAAGUGAUAACAACUACUGUGACUAGAUAAAAACAAUAACCACUCUUGGAUUAUAGCAUUCUUCAAAAUAAAGGUGUCACAUCAACCAAUCACCGUAUGUGUAGAAAACAGGUUAUCACAAAUUAUUCAACAAUUUUCCAACACUUUUUUUUUGUGAAUGUCAGUACUUCAACAAUCAGUAUUAAGGGCCCUUUGGGGCCAGCCAUAUAAGUGGAGUAACUUCAUUCAGUGUGGUUGCUGAAGAAGAAGCUAAAGCUUACAAAUACCAUGAAUAGAUGGAAUAAAAGAUUUUUUAUCUGUCAGUGAGGACAAGUCUGAUGAUUACAAUUACAACGGAUUGAACCCAGUGUUUGAUUUCAGUUGUUGAAUAAUGUCUUCAGAUUGGUCACACUCAUAUGAACCACAUAUUUGAUGAAUAAUUCACAUGACCCAAUUACAGAUGGCAGAAUAAUACUUACAAUUAACCAUUUUACGUAAUCUCAUAGGUUUCAACAAUUGCCAGGUUACGGAAAUAAAUUGUAAGGAAAUUUUGUCAGAAUCUUAAACAUUUCUGAUGUUUGUGUUUAUUUAAUAAGAUCUUAAUAUGUAUAAGAACAAACCAAAAGCCCAGUGAGAGAGUAGAUGCGAGCUGUUUAUUGGUAAAUGAGGUUUGUUAGAUACUAACCUGUUAAGAUAUAUUUUGCCAUAUGUACACUUAAAUAAAAUAGGGGACCCAUGGAAAUAAGAAAUAGGAUAUAUUAUGGGUAGGCAGUCAACACUUGUUAGAAUACUCUUUUUGUAGUGUAGCAAACUUUUUAAAUUUAUAUAGCAGUUUUUGCACAUUGCCUUAUUUUCAGUUACAAUUUGAUUAUUUUACACACGAUGUCUGGGCUUAUUUGAAUAUACUAUGUAGGAUAAAAUCACUUAUUCUAAACAGCAACCAACUGAAAUGUGGUGGAGUUUGCUCGUCAUGUCAAGUCACAAAUGUAGCUGGGUAAGGCAUUUAUUAUAUAUAGAGGGACUUGUUCUUUCUGCUUCAUAGCCCAAACAAAUUGGAAGCCAGCAAGACAGUUCAGAUGCUGUGCUUCAGCAUGGUCUGGAAUUUGUAUUUUUUGUUUCCUUGUGUCCAAAAAGCGGUCGAAUAUAUACACCGGAGAAAUCUUGAACAGGCCAUUCAGUCAUAUCUUCCCUUUGAGAUUGUCUUCUGUAUGAAAAAACAUUUCUUGAGACAUGAAAGCAUUAAAUUAUUUUUUGCUGUCAUGACAUGGUACAAAGUGCACUUGCUGUAUUGUAUGCUACCUAUAGCUGUAUAUGUAAUUAUUGUAUUUAGAAUGUUGACAGGUAUUAAAAAAGUACAUGUAUAUUAUGUCUUACUAGUCCAAGAUGCAUUUUUGGGCAUCAUUUACAGUAUGUAUUCCAUAUCUUUUCAUUAGAACCCAGUAAUUUGUUAUUGAGCUGUAAGGAAAAACAAAAUGUUAUUUACCCAGAUGUAUUGAAAGUAAAGCUACGUAUUCCUCUCUUGCUUAUGAACAAAUACGAGAUGUUCUGACACCUGUUUUGCUGCUCUUGCAUAAAGCCUUUUCAUAACAUAUUUUGAAGGUUCAGCUCUGUAUUAUCAGCUUAGAAGCCUUAAAUCUAGUGUGAUUUUUAAGUUGGCAUUUUAUUAAUAAGAUAAAUGGUGAUUAUGAUUAAAUUUUGAGGUACUGUAGUAAAAAGCAAACGGCAGAGGUCCAGGUGUCUAAAAUUGUGAAAUUUAAUGUGCUGAUGCCUUUGCAAAAAUUGUAAAUCAUUGUCAGCAAUGUAUUUUUUUCCCUUUUUUUUCUGUAUUGAAGGUACUGAAGAUUUUUAUUGUAAAAUAUCAGGGUUUGCUGUACUGUCAUAAAUGGAGAUAAUCUUAGAAAGUAAAUGGAGCUGGUGACAAUUUGUGUACUGAGCCUAGCUGUUCAUCUCUUCUUGAAAUGGCUCAUGUUUUUUUCCCUUUGUUUGAGGCUCAGGGGAUUAAAAAGGUUAAUCCUGAGAUUCCAUCUACCACGGAAAAUUGAACACUGCAGUUCAAAGAAACUUUUACCUCAGUUUUUGUGAAUUACUCUGUGCCUUUCAUGUGGAUAUCACUGGUUGCGCUGUGCUCUUUACUAUCUUGGGGUCUGAUUUAUUUUUUUUCUCUCAUUUCUCCCCCCCCUCUCUCUCUCUCUCUCUUUAAGUAGGCUACACUAAUGUUAGACCACUACUAGAUAGCCUGGUUCUUGUAUGCUAUCAUUCAUGAAAAAAACAAAACAAAAAAAACACUUGUAUGCUGGUACAUUCACAUUAAUGUAUAUCAGCUGAAGCAUUUAUUUCUGUUUUAAAUAGACACCACAGUCCAAGGGGUGGGACAGAAGUGAACUGAUUUCUAGAAGUAUCAUGUGUCAUUGAAGCACAAUAUUUUCAGAGUAGGAAUUUUCUUAAUACUGUACUGUACCUUGCCAAAUCUUCAAACUCCGAUAAGUGUUUUUUUCCCAAUUAGAAAUGUACUUGCAUUUUCUUCAUUCAUUUGUUCACCAUGUCAUAUCUCAUUAAUGUACUAUACUGUUGAUCAGUAAUCAUAUUAGCACAAAGCAUUGCAUUUAUCAUUUCAUUUUUCCUUUGUACAUUUUUAAUGUAGCAAGGUUGCUUUCAGUGCCAGCAACUAGUGUGGUCUAACAAGAGUGGAACUUUCAUCGUUAGUAGCGCUCAACUAAGUAACAUUGAUUAUUUCAAUUAAUUUCCCUUUGCAUUAUGGUGGAUGUUGUCUUCAUGACAAAUAUAUUAACAUUAUAUCAAUCCUCUUCUGAUAAUAAGUCUCCUGGUGUUUGUUAUAAUUGAUACCAGUGUUUAACUUCUCUUCUUGCAUUAAUAGUUGCAGCCAAGAGGCAAGUAAUUGCCAAUACAGAAAUAUGAAACUGUAACAGAUUUUUAGGGGCUAAACUAAUAUUAAUAACAUACCACCAUAUGUACAUUUGUUCGUAGUCAUUCUGAAAUCUUGGUUACCAUGUUAGCGUACAGAAUUGUGCGUCCACAUUCAAAACAUCACCUUUUUUUGUGUUCUGCUAUUGAUGAGAGGUAUCAAACUCCAAAUUAUUCCCACACAACUUAGCCAAUAUUUAUUAUAUAUUAAUUAUUGGAUUUUCAAAGUACGGUUGCGCCGUCUAACUGAUAUCAUUGGUUGUGCAUUUGUGAUGUCAUCACUGAAUUCAGCUUGUUUUAUCGAUCAUUUCCUAACCAUCUAGAAAAUAUUAACAGAUAAAUCAAAGCUAAAUUUGUGAUGCCAACACAUUUUCAUAGGUCUUUUGAGGGUUGUAUGUAUGUAUGCAUGUAAGUAAGUUUGUAUAUUAUGUAUGAAUGGUUCUAGUAUUCCAGUGCUAAAAAAUUGUUUUAUUUAUAACAAUGUGUAAAUGAUGUAAAAAGUAAUAAAUUAAUUAUAAGAAAAGUAAA